UUUUGACGUAUCAUGUGUUGUGAAAACGUUGAAUGUUAAUAAAUAAUUCCUACAAAAUGAGUUUGAACUGAAACUUAUUAAAUUAAUUUUGUAAAUAUAAACUAAAAAAAUUAACCAUGGACGUGGAAGUGAAAAUAAAAGAAGAUAUGAAAAAAUUGGGAUGCAAGUGUGAUAGGAAAAUAGCCUUGGCCUAUCAUUUGUACAUAUAUUUAGUUGACGUAAAGCUAAUGUACGACACUGAAUACUGUUAUAAUAAAGAUAUAGAUACACUUUACGUCGUUGCGAGAUCUAUCAAAAAUGAAAAACUAAAUAUUUACGUGCCAAUACCGACAAGUGUGGACAUCUCUAUUGAUUUUAUUAGCGUACUGCAAGAGAAUUUGUGUACUGUAGAGACAGGACCAAGCGUUAAUCUAGCUUUCAUAGAAAGCGACUGCUCCACGGUGAUUUAUACAUUCACUAAAGGUAUAGCUGAGCGACCAUCUGCUGAGAAGACUUCACAAUUGAGACAGAAGUUGGAAAGGAGAACAUUUAUUAAUGGUGAAUUAAAGGAAAAUAGAAGUAAGAUUUUAAAUGAUGCUCUCAAUGGUGGCUUUGUCGAUGAUGAUGAUUGUCAAGUUUUGGAUUGAUAACUUGGAUGGAGAGUUGAGUGAUAAGUCAGUGUGGAAUCUGUAAUGACAUUUUGUUUUCUUUUAAUCCAAUCAGUUUCUGAUUUAAUAUUUCAAUAUACUUUGCACUUGAGCAGAAUGUUUUAAAAUCGACUCACUAAAUUGAAAGCAUACAUUAAUAUGUCACUUCUUCUAAAUGACUUUACUUGAAUCAUUAAAGGAGUCUCUAACUUUUAAAAUAUUAUACUUCUAAGUUUUAUAGUUUGUUGAAAUUAAUUUAUGGUUUCAUCCUUCUUUAAGUGUUUUUCAAUUUGUAUAUAUAAAUACUUGUUUAAAUAAAUUAUAGUUUAUUCCAAUUGACAAAGAGCUAUAAGUAAUCUUAUCGAUUAAGAAAUAUAUUUGGAAAAUGUUAAGUAUGUUAUGCACUCGGCUAUAACAAUUUUAUAGGAUUGAAUGCUUUUUUAAUAUUUUUGUGUUAUUUUUUACAAAUGUUAUUAAAUGUACCAAGUAAGAAUUAUCCUUUGUGAAAAGAUUUGUUUGCUUUUGAGUUAAACCCAUAUGCAUUUAUUAUUGAACUGAUAAUUGUUA